AUGGUAGUGCGAGCGUUCGCUACGAAUGAUGUGAGGAUAUCCGAUGACUCGAAAGAAUUGUACUUCGACAAGCACGUAGAUUACAUUGCAAACCAUGGCAACGACAAAAACGAUUAUGAGUACUGCAUGACAGAGUUCCUCCGAAUGUCCGGCAUAUACUGGGGUGUUACUGGGUUGGAUCUGAUGAACGAGCUGGGCCGAUUGGACAAGCAAUCGAUUAUAGAGUUCAUCAAAAAGUGCCAGUGCCCAGUAACGGGUGGUAUUGCUGCUUGCGAAGGUCAUGAUCCACACAUUCUCUACACGCUGAGCGCUGUACAGAUUCUAACCAUUUACGGCUGCCUGGACGCCAUCGACGUGGAUGCGGUGGCAAAGUAUGUACAAUCGCUGCAACAGCUCGACGGAAGCUUCUUCGGGGACAAGUGGGGAGAAGUAGACACCAGGUUUUCCUUCUGUGCCGUGGCCAUUUUGAGCUUGAUUGAUCAAACGGACAAGAUGGACGUGGAAAAAGCAGUUAACUUUGUCAUGUCCUGCUGCAACUCGGAUGGUGGCUUUGGAUCGAAACCCAACGCCGAAAGCCAUGCCGGGUUGAUCUAUUGCUGCGUGGGCUUUCUCUCGAUUACGGACCAACUGCAUCGGCUAGAUUGUGAGCGAUUGGCCUGGUGGUUGUGCGAGCGACAACUUCCAAGCGGCGGCCUGAACGGACGGCCUGAAAAGCUACCCGAUGUCUGCUAUUCCUGGUGGGUGUUGGCUUCCCUCACGAUCAUCGGCCGGCUACAUUGGAUCAGCUCGGAAAAAUUGGAAAAUUUCAUCCUCUCGUGUCAGGAUGCGGAGACGGGUGGGUUUGCCGAUCGUACCGGAAACUUACCGGACAUUUUCCACACCUUGUUCGGGCUAGGCGCCCUAUCGUUGCUAGGCGAUAAGCGACUGAAACCGGUCAAUCCCACGUUCUGUAUGCCACAGUAUGUCAUCGAGCGAUGUAAUCUGAAGCCAAAAGUAAUAGUGCUGUAG